CUCUGCCUACCCACUUUUCGCUCCCACGCUCCCCCUGCAGGUUCGCGGUCAAAUCCACCUCGCACUUUGCCUCUCCUGCAACUCCGGCUCCGGCAGCUAGCAGAGGUGAUCGUCACGGACGGCACCAUUACCCCACCGUGUUGCUUGACCCAGCCAUAUCGGGCGCCGGUGUACGGCGCUAUUUCCAGGGUGCACGCCACGAUACGCUGCUACAAAGCGCGCUAUAGCCCUUUCAUCUAGCACGAGCUUCUGUCAUCACAAAUCGCGCCCGCCUUUCCUCUAUCGACUAGACUGCAUCUCCUCGCGGCCUGCGCGCCGGAAAUUCGGUUCGGGCAAAGCUUGAAAGCUUCGAGACACGACCUGGCUCCUGCCCCGGCCGCGCCUGUGUUUGUGUCUUGGAACGGCACACGCUAGAAGCGUCGGUGGGCCUUGGUGGACGGACACCAUCUGCACAACAUCCGCGCACAAGGUACCGAGGGAGCGCGCUACCAUCCUGCAAAACAAGCAGCCUUCCUCCGGCCUACAUCUGCGGGCACUUGUACUCGACGGCGCGCUGUCAUCGCGCUUUGUUUGGAGGCCAUUGCAUCGGACUCGCACCAAGCCUUACUGCUCUAUGUCCAGAGCCUACGACACGCCACCCACUCAGACCAACGACACAUCCCUCAGCGCGAUCUUAGCAUCGCACCUGCACGGCCAGCGUCAAGACCCUCCCCAGUCAAUGGAUGGUAGACAGCCCGAGUACCCGCAGUCAGAUCAAGCGUCUGCUGUGCAAUACCAGUCCGGCCAACAAGACUACAAGCCGUCCAACUACUCCGCCUCCGCUACGCCCGACUCGAGCUACGGCCUCCCACAGUCGGCGCGCUCAGGCAGCUUUCCCGAGUACAUUCAGCGCUCCUACGCCGAAGGCCAGCAGCAAAGCCGCUACGCAGCAGGCACGCCCAGCAACAUGGCGCAAACCUCAAAUCCCUCCAUCGCUCAGUCGAGCCCGAGCUAUCCUCCUCCGCAGAGCUAUUCACCCUACCCACCACAAGACCAGCAACAUAUGCCGCAAUACGGAAACCAACCCAUGACGUCUUACGCGCGCCCGGAAUGGGCUGGUCAUUACCAGCAACAGGCGGCCAUGUAUGGUCAUUCGCCAGCGACCACUGCAGGCGCUGCGCCCAAUAUGGGCGGACAUCCGCUUUCGACUGUGUAUUCCUUCGUCCCUAUUCCGGGUGCGCAACAGCACAAGCGACCGAGACGGCGUUACGAGGAAAUUGAGCGCAUGUACAAAUGUGGGUGGAAUGGAUGCGAGAAAGCCUAUGGCACUCUCAAUCAUCUCAACGCGCACGUGACCAUGCAGUCGCACGGUACAAAGAGGACUCCAGAAGAGUUCAAGGAAAUUCGCAAAGAGUGGAAGGCUAAGAAGAAGGAGGAAGAGAACUCCCGCAAGGCCGAAGAAGAGCGCCAACGCCAGGAAGCCGCCCGCAAUGGUCAAGACACCACGCAACCUCAAGGCCAACCAGGUUAUGGCCAGGCUCAUAUGAUGCAGCCUCAAAUGGGUGGACCUCAACUGCCCCCAAUCGGCUACCAACCCGCCGCUGGCCAAACACCAAGCCAAUAUGCGCAACCGCAACAAGUCGAUGGCGCACCACAGUAUGCCAGCAAUGGCCAGAUGUACGGCACACAGGGCUAUCCCCAAAGCCCGUAUGGACAGGGCGGACUGGCUUAUCAGCAACGCGCAUAGUAUGCGGACGACCGACUGCUGUGCGACGAAUCUCCCAGGCUCCGCCGACAGUAUCGGCGGCAGUAGUCAGCUCACGAGUGGCAUGAUAAACAACACCUCUUAACUUGAUGACACUUCGAGGAGGAUCAUAAUACGAAGAUUGGGGCCCUGCAUAGUAAGCAUUGUCCAUGGCCGCAGCAGUGGACGACUUGUCCUUGGUGACUGGCGUUGCCGGAAUUGUACAUUUGCAUUGCAACAAUGCACGAGGGGAUGAAAUUUUUGCAUUGCCGUCUUUCACGAUGGCUGAUGAUACCAUACACGACCCUCCUGGGCUUGCGGAGGCAGAAAGUUCUUUGACCAAGUCUGGUCUCUUUUGCGGGUUACCAGGCGUCGCUCCAGCGGGGAAAGGGUUUUCAAAGGUUUAGAUGAAGGUCUUUUGCUUUCAGCAUAUGUUUUCUUGUGCAUUGUGCGACUGAGGAGCGUUAGAAGAGAACGAAGAAGAAGGAAUGGCAUGAGAGCACAAGUAUCGACUUGUACGAACUGCGAGGCGUGGAGUGACAGUAGCAAAUACGCACGACAAACUUCAGACCUUAUAAACUACUUUGGUUUCACAAGC